GGAAGAAGGGCAGAGGGGAAGAAGAAGAGGCUGGGCCAGAGCGAGAGGAUUGGUUUGCUGCUUCUGCUCUCACUCUCACGCAUGGUUUUGUCGCAGGGAUUUAGAGCUUUCAUGCCCCAAUUGCAUACACACACACACAGGGGAGUGCCAGAGAGCGAGAGAUAGCGAGAGAGAGAGAGAGCGAGAGAUACACUGAGAAGUUGAAGAAGAAGGAGAAGACCCAGUGUUGAAAUUUUGGUCUUGGUGCGAUCAGCGUGGAGCAUUGGAUUGUGCGAGCCGGCUCUCAGGGCGAGGAUUUCCGUGAAUUUGUUGCGUGGUUGCAAGGUGAUUGCGUGAAGGGGCGAGAGUUAGACGUGAAUGCAAGCAUCAGGGAUGGCAUCGUGACGCAAGUGGAAUUGGAUGGGCUUCUUACUGAAUAGAGCACGAAGAGAUUAAUUAAAUUAUUGUGCUGUAGUGUUGGAAUUAAGGUGACACAAGGACCGCAGCAUUUGAGCAUGGGCAGGUUGUACUUGAUUCAGCUGGACGGUCGCGUCUAUAGUUGCCGCUGUUGCCGCAGUCACCUGGCCCAAUGCGAUGAGCUGGUCUCGAAGUCGUUCCACUGUCGACAUGGGAAGGCCUACCUAUUCAAUACAGUGGUGAAUGUUUCACUGGGGCCACAGGAAGAUCGUUUGAUGACAACAGGCAAACACACUGUGGCAGAUAUCUGUUGCAAUUCUUGUCAGCAGGUUGUGGGCUGGAAAUAUGAGUCAGCCUACGAAAAAAGUCAGAAAUACAAAGAGGGGAAAUUUAUUCUUGAACGGGCUAAGAUGAUCGAUGGGGACGGUGGCAAUUUCUUUUUGGAAACCCACGAAGUGGACAGUGAUGCAGAGAAUGAAUAGCCGAACAUCUGCUGUAUCCAGCCACCUACUUAGCUAAUUUAAGGUGAAAAGAGAUUAGUGGCUAGAUGCUGCCUGCCUGGAUUCACCAAGUUGGGAUUUUAGUUGUUUUCAACAUUGUAGACUCCUCCUCUAUGUCCGUCUGCUGUGUGCAGUAUACACAUACUCAGAGUCAAAAAAAAAAAAAAAAAAAAAAAAAACACACUUGCUCGCUGAGCUUGUAGUUUUUCUGAUGAACGUGCGUUUUGUACAAACAUCUGAAAGUCACUGGAGCUACUCCAUUGAACAAAUGUAAAUAUGCCUUUAUUCUCUGACUCA